CUGCUGAAGCUGGCUGAGAUGCAGUACAGCGGUGCCAACAGCAUCUUCCUGCGCCUGCUCAUCGACAAGAAGUACGCGCUGCCCUUCCGCGUGCUCGACGCCCUGGUCUUCCACUUCCUGGCCUUCCGCACGGACCAGCGGCUCCUGCCCGUGCUGUGGCACCAGAGCUUCCUGGCCUUGGCCCAGCGCUACAAGGAGGACCUGUCCUCGGAGCAGAAGGAGGCCCUGCUGGAGCUGCUCAAGUUCCACAGCCACCCGCAGAUCUCGCCGGAGAUCCGCCGCGAGCUGAUGAACUCCAAGACGAGGGAUGUGGAAGGGGAGCAGCCAGUGGCCAUGGAAUGAGCAGGGAAAUGCUGGAGCCUGGCCUGCCCUCGGGACGCUGCUGGGAUCCUGGAUCAGGAGCAUCCUUCCUGGAUCACUCACUGGGAACAGACUGUGCCCACAGAGCUGCACCGAGCGCCCUGUGCAGCCCCUGUCCCACCCAGGAGCCCGGUGCCACCAGCACUGGGACACUUUGGCUUGUCCCUGUACUCGGAAAUAAAACCAGAGCUGUGUCAGCCAGUCAGGGCUGGGUCUGCCCAGCUUAGUCCCAGCCUGUCCCUGUCCCCACCAGCUUCUGGAGCUCCUUGUCCAGGGGUUUUCCCAAACACUCAAAGCCCCCCAGGGUUGAAUUCCUGAAGCCACAGUGCCACCAUCCUCACCUGGCCAUGAGAGCACCUUCCUGGCCUGCUCCUGGCACUGUGCCCAAGUGCCACCCCUGCUGCAAAACCCAGGGGGGACUUUCCCAGGAGGCUGCACUUCCCUGGGCCCUGCUGCCACUGCCUGGCCUGUGCCUUGCAGCUCUGGGCCACGGAGAGGAGCCUCUGCUGCACCCUGGGCUGUGCCAAGGGCAGCUGCCUCCUGCUGUCACCUCCCAUGGCAGGAGCGGGAGCUGGGUCCCCACCCAGCACUGCCUCUUCUGUGACUUCCCCAUUUUCUCUUAAAGCCAAAAGCUGGUGGCACAAGAGGGAGCCUGGGCUGGCACAGAGCACCUGGCACUCCUGCCCCCACCUGAGCUGCUCCAGUGCCCACCACCCUCCAGCCUGCUGGGAAGAAGGUGCUGCCUCAGCUCCGGCAGCACCUCACCUGCGGGAAGGUGUCUGGCUCCAUCACCAUCCCUGAGCUGCCCUGGGUGUCCCUCAGGGUCCUGCCUGCCCUGUUCCAUCCUGGGAACAGCAGGGCUGGAGCUCCCAAGGGAGCACCAGCGAAAGAUCUGAGCCUUGGGAACGGCGCAGGGAAACCCUCGAGCCACUGGGUUUUUUUUUUUUUUGUUUAAAAUAUUUUAUUGCAACAUCAUGGGGUUCUCUGGCUCUCCCAGCAGCGGGACUCGUGCGAGUGAACACCAAAACCAGUUUACUCUUAAAUUAAAAACUCAUUUAUAUAUAUAUAUAAAAAAAAGAAACACAUUUCCUUUUGCACAGCCAGGCUCUGUCCCAGCCCUCCUGCUCGCAGGAGGCAGCGGCUCCGUGGGUUUCCGGACCAGGCAGGCUCAGGGAGGAGCAGCAGCCCCACCUUUUUCCGCCGGAUUUUUUUGUGGCUGGUGGCAUCCAAAAAGGAAGAUUUCUACCUCAUUUUCCACAUCCCCCAUGGGAAGACAACAGCCACAUGUCCAGAGGUUCCCCAGGCA